AAAAGCAAACCACUAGGGAACAGCAUUACUCUAAGACAAGAGGAGGAAGUGGCUGGGCAAAAUGAAAACAUCGUGAAAAGAUGGAAGUGCCGUUUAUAUUUGUGACUGACCGACAGAGUUCCGAGAUUUUUUAUAGCAAACAUGCCCACGACUAUUUUGUAAGAAAAUUGUGCUCUUCUUGAAUUUGUUGUUGGAAGAGAGUAGCGCCGUGUAAAUGCUUUUUAUCUCCUCUUCCUCGUUCACGGAGAGUCGUAGAAAACGAGCUCAUUACUGAAAGAAGGAAUCGUAGUGUCUUAACAGCUACUUAUCUGCUUUGUGUUAACAUAGAGAUACAUAAGUACGAGACCAUAAUGGCUGAGAACACAGGGGAAGAGUCGAUUGGGGGGAUGGGAUUGACUGGUGGAGCGACUCAGAACAGCGGGACCAACUCGUUUCCGAGUUUAGGAAAUUCUCUGCCGGGGGACUCGAGUGAAAUUAACCCAGCCUCACCGUCUCCCGCAACGGCUGCAGAGACUGGCCUUGCCGUUAUAGUCCCGGGUAUUGCAGACCUGCCUGCUUCGCCGGUGGGAAGUGGUUUUGGCACAGCGAUAGGUGUUCUUGGAACGGCAGUGGGCACAGCAAUUCUAGCACCGUCUUCCGCUGCCCCUGCUGUUCUUCCUCCCAGCAUUGGCUUGGCUGUCACCGGCAACCAAAACCUGGCUGGGGCGGGUCUUCUCACCCAGAUACACUCGACUUUCUGGGAUCCAACGCUCAGCACAGACUGGGACAACGAAAAGCCCUCCCAACAAUGCAUUCUCCGGAUUAAAAGGGAUAUUAUGUCCAUCUACAAAGAACCUCCACCAGGCAUGUUUGUGGUGCCUGACCCUCACGACAUGACAAAGAUCUAUGCCCUGAUCACUGGACCAUUUGACACGCCCUACGAAGGGGGUUUUUUCCUCUUCCUGUUCCGUUGUCCCCCUGACUAUCCAAUCCACCCACCUCGUGUGAAACUGAUCACUACAGGCAACAACACUGUGCGCUUCAAUCCCAAUUUUUACCGUAAUGGCAAAGUUUGCCUCAGCAUCCUUGGGACCUGGACGGGGCCUGCAUGGAGCCCAGCCCAGAGUAUCUCCUCAGUCCUGAUCUCCAUCCAGUCUUUGAUGACUGAGAACCCCUAUCACAAUGAACCGGGCUUUGAACAGUGUGCCGACAACUCAAACUCACUCUCUCGGUGUGUACUCCCGGUCUCAGCCCUGAACUGUGGAGAGGAACACAUUUAUAAGCACCUGGGCAGAUUGAUUAACGCAACCCAGGAGAGACACCCAGGGGACAGUAAGAACUACAAUGAGUGCAUUCGCCAUGAGACCAUGAGGGUGGCUGUGUGUGACAUGCUGGAUGGCAAAUGUCCCUCUCCUGAAGCUCUCUGGAGUGUAAUGGAGAAGUCUUUCUUGGAGUACUAUGACUUCUAUGAGGGGGUCUGCAAGGAGCGCCUGCAUCUUCAGGGACAGACAAUGCAGGACCCAUUUGGUGAGAAGCGUGGCCAUUUCGACUAUCAGAACCUACUGUCACGGCUGCAGAGCAUCCACCAGCGUGUGCGUGAGAAGUGUCAGCUGGAGGAGAAUGAUGCUGAUACAGACUCUGAUACCAGCUCCUCAGGCACGGACCCAGACAGCCAAGGCAGUUCCAAGCCAUAGCCAGGAGCACCACACACAUGCAAGUUCCUGCCCCUUCUUUAUACUACUCCCUCUGCAGAGCACUGAUGCUCUACAGACAGCUCUGUUCUACAGCUAGGGGGAAUGUUCAUUUUUCUUUGUUGUCAGGAGCGAGCUGCCUGAUGAAACAAAUGAGAUUGGAGAUGAGUGCGAGUGGACAGGUGGCGGUAAGUGAAUAAAAUGGAGUGUAGAAAAGUCCCUGCCACCAUUUACAGAGAAUCUCUGAAGCUUAAGACUUUGAAACAGACAUGGCGUGGAUGCUCACCUGCCUGUUUUUUUUUGUCAUGUUUUUCAUGAAAUGCUUGUUUUUUGGAGUCAAACUACAGAAUGUUGUAUCCAGGGAGACGGUGUGAGCAAGGGCCCUAGUGAAGAAAGUGGGUAGCAUUCACAGCCCCCCUUCUGUAAGAUUAGCCCAUGCAGGUCUGGAUUCUCCUGUCUUUUUUGAUGAAAGUGAUGAUGGUGCAGUGGUAAACAUAAAAGUGUAAUAGUUCCCAGAUGUGCUAUGUCAUUAUGGCUCCAUUUUAAACCUAGCCAUACAGCUGAGAGAGAAAUAGUCAGAGAACCACUAGAUGGGAUUUGUUUGACUAGAAGGCUCUCUGUUCAAGUAGACUAUAGUUUUUAAAUGCUUCAUUUUUGCAUUAAGCAGAUGCACAAACCACGUUUUUCUGCUGGGUAUUGAGUUUCUUUUUGCUUUGUUUCUUGACACAUACAAACUACUUUAUUCUAUCAUUGAGUCAAAUUUCAUAAUAAACUAAUACAAAUCAAACAAAAUUAUUCAAAUACAAAUAUAUUGAAGUGUAAAUGUAUUUAAUAGAUUAAUCAGUGUUUGAAAGAAUGGAGAAUUCACUGACUCCUUGAUUUGGUUGCUGACAAUUGUAUUACAGAAGGUUAUUGAAACCAACCAUGCCUUCUAGAAAUUGACAGUGUGGGCUCCCCUAGAAGAAAAUCUGCACCUGGAGGAAAUUCAUAACACCAGCCUGUACUAUACAUUAAAACACCCUCAUUCCAUGGCCAUGUUUGUGAUUUUGGGAUUAUAUAAAUAUUCAAAAUAUGGUGACUGGAUACAAAUACCCAUACUGAUAAACCCUUGCGGAGUUCAUAUUUCAAAUUCCAAAUGCUGAUGUUCGUUAAGCAUUAUGUUGAUACAAAUUAAAUACGAAGCCAGAAAAGAAAACACUUUGCUACAAGUUGUAAAUAGCAGCACAGUGCAUCAGAUAUAGAGUUUUGUAAAUCAGUUUUGUAAAUUAGUGCUUGUUAUUGAUAUUGUAGCCAACUAUCCAAAUUCAGACGUACCAAUCACCAUUCUAGAUGUAUUGAGAUUGAGAGAAUUAUAAUUGAUCUUGCUAUGCAUUGUCUGUGUCAUCCUAUGGUGUGUAGUUGACUUGUCAUUGGUCAUCAUUUUUGUAGGCCAGUACAUAUGGACAAUGUUCAGAGUGUGUCUGUGACUAGGCCAUUGUUUAGUGUACUCUAGUAAAGCACAGGGAGAUCCCUCUUUCAAGGGGAUUCUCCUCUUCAUUGCAUAACAGUGUGCUCAACUGAGUGACCAGAUGUAGUUCCAGGCCAGGUGAACAUAUUGAUGAAAGGCUUACCUUAAAUCGUCUUCAGUCCAUUGAAAUAGAUGAGGAAUCACUCUUUUCUUCCUUGUGUUUUUCUGAGGGUGUUCUUCCACAUUUUGAUUGAAUUCUGUUCCAUAGUCUGGUGUUUUUGUAUUAAGUAUUUGUGCUUUCACCAAACUGGACUUGAACUGACAUGAAGAGCUUUGUACCUUAAUGUUUUUGCCUGUUUGAGAGCUCAAGUUAGCGCAUUCGGGUCAAGUCUUUGCAUUUCUAUUCUAAUUCAUCAACCUCCGUGCAACUUGUCCAUCUGAGAAUUUCAGUACCAUGACCUGGCAUGUCAGACAUGUCAUUUCAGAAAGAGACUAGAUGGUGCCAUUUCCCAAGGAUCACCAUGCAACUGGUUCAAGCUUAUGAUUAAUACAUCUAGAACAUGAAGAAAUCAAACGUAAUGUUCAAAAGCCAUUUGGCUCACAUGUAGAACAACAGUUUUCAAAAUCAAAAACUUUGUUCUGUUUGCAUUCUUUCAUUUUCAACAUUGGAUUCUUAUCAGUUUAGGAACACAAGUGGGAUUAAAAAUUUUUUAUAGGUAAAUAUUUCUGGAGAUUUGCCAGUGUCUGAGGUAGGAUGUGUUCCAGUGGUGCCUAUAGGAUUAUUUCAUGCAAACCAGAAAGUCAACUCACCUUUGAUACUCCAAAGAUCAGUAGCACCUUCUUUGGAAAAAAGGCAGAAAAAAACAGGUAGAAAUAGAAGCAAAUUCAGUAGUCUUGAAAAUAGUUAAGCAAUUUGUUCAUUAGAUUUUGAUUGGAUUUUAACUUGGCUUUUUUAAUUGAUCAUCUAUUCAUCGUAGGUUAGUAUUGUGGGGGAAUUCAGUACAUAUGGUAACAUGACAAUCUAAACUGAAAGAGAAGCUCUGGAUUCAUUGCAUGGUGAUUCUUUGUAGCUCUGAUAUGUAAAAGCAUGUUGCUGUUGUGCUAUUGUGUAUAAUGCACUGUUAUUUUUGUUUUUGUUUUGCAUUGGGUUUUUAUUUUUGAGCAAGGGAAUUUAAAUAAUGGUCCAGGAUUAUAACUGACCAACACCUUGACUGUCUUGAUCUCUAUAAGCAAAUGACUGCCUCAGAAGAUUCCAAUGACUAAAUAAUUUUGCAUUUGAAAUAUAGUGCUGUAGUGAUAUGCACUUAUUGUACAUCUCUUUGGAAAAAAGUGCCUGACAAAUAUAAUGUCAUGUAAUGGAAUGGAAUGAAGAGGCUCUGGGUAGAAGUUAUGCAGGAUGAGGCUUAGCCAUUCUUAGCCAUAAGCUCAAACAUAAGUGAUUCACUUGAGAUAAGAAGAAAACCAGCAAAUACAAAGGUACUACAGGCCCAGGACUGCUGUACGCACACGUUAACAUUCUAUGUUAAUGUUUUUUUCCAAGGAUCGUAUGCUCCUAAGUUGAAAAAUUAUAAUGCAUCCCAAUUAGUAGAUGUGCUACAAAAAAAUUCCAGUUAGCACACAUCAGUUUUCAGGAAUAAAUGCUCCUAAAAUAGCUGCACUGUAGUCCUGACACAUUCUUCUCAGUGGUGGUCCUGAAGGGACACAGUAUCCACUGGCUUUGGUCUCAGCCAGGCACUUAACCCCCACAUUUAACUCUUCCUUUGUCUUGGCAGAACCAUGUUCUUACCACUUGUUAGUUUUGUGGUUUAAUGGAUUGAGAUAAAUCUGCUGAACUACAACUCUCCAGGCCAGCUGAGUAUUCUUGCUGAACAUGAAAAAACUAUUAAUAUCUCCCUCUGAACCUUUUUACAAAAAGACAGGCACAAUAUAAAGUAUCUUCAAGGAGUCUGAAUAGUUUUGCACAGUUUUACAGAUAGGCACUACACUGAAAGCUUGAAGUUAUUAAAAUCAGUGGAGUAAAAACAGAUCUGUACUCGCGGUUGAAUGGCCAUGAUGGAGUCAUUCCAGGAUUUUACAGCGGUCUUACCGAAGAUACAUCCUGUCUCCCUCUUUUUUGGAUUGGCUUUUCUAUAGUCAAAAUGGUACGGUAAAACUCAACCUACUUCUCACAUUUCCAUACUGCAGGGAGAUAAGUUUUGGUUCUUCAACGUUAUGCUCAUCUGACCAUUCUUGUGCCUUUUGUUAUUUAUCUUUGCAUUUUGUAUUUUUGUUUUUGACAUUGCAUAAAUUUAUCACUUGCGCAACACUCUGCCUUCAUAUCCAGCGAAAACAGUGUUGCAUCAUUUCCCGUGGCUAGAUGGUGAAGUCUUUACAAAAGUGUGUGUUAUUUUUCUGUGAUCUGAUGUUAAUAAACUUCAUUUGCAGGGUAACACAUGUGCAAAUACAAAAAUGAAUGGACAUUUUACCAAGGGCUUGUACUUCUGCUGUAUUGGGUAGAUAGUGUGUUUAGGGUGUUUUUCCACAGCUCUACUCAAUUGUAUAGAACUUACAUCAUAUUAUUAGUUUCCUUGACAGUAAACCACCCAUACCCUUUUUUCACCAAGGCAUUUUGAGGGUGCCGGAGCCGGUGCCUAAUCUCAAACCAGUUCUUCGUGUUUCGACAGCAAAAGAACUGGCUCUCGACCAGGAGAACUGGUUCCAAAGCGGCACCAACACUUGGAUGGUCUAGAACCAAGAACGGUUUACGUCAGGGGCUGGGGGCGGGAUUAUCGUGACCAGCCAAGACCAACUAAACCUUUGUGACCGCCAGGUAGAGUGAGAGCACCUAUUAUCGACUACCUUAAUUCGACAGACAGGAAAACGUAAACUCAUUUGCAACUAUAUAUGAAAUAGGCGAAAUAUCAGUAACAACCUGUACCUAGUUAUGUAGGAAAAAAUAUCCUUGUUAACCUCCAGUUGUUAUUUUUUCAGUACUUUCACGAGGGUUUUUCCUGCGCGGGUAAAUACGUCAGAGGUGGUCCAGUGCUAGCUUUUGGUUGCAACGGAGACGUGUAUCGACCACCCCAUAUAAAUGAAUGGAACUUGACAUAAAUUUGCUAGCAUACUGUUUAAGUGUCCUGUCUUGCAUAUUUGAGGUUAAUAUGAGAAAGGGUCAUCGCUAUCAGCACGCCUAGGAAUCCGUACAUAUUCACUGUUGUAGCUCAAGUCGCAGGAUGCAAAAUAGCCGUUAGGAAAGCAGUUUGAAAUUAUGAAGAAACGUCUGCGCCAUUGGAUUUAAUGGGUCGCGAUGAGAUAAUUCAUAGCGUGUUGCUUGUCUUAAAGUUGAUAUAGUAAAUAAGGCUGUCAUAAUAUAACUAAAUGUAUAUGUAUGAAGUUGGUUUUUUACAUUUAGACAGUUUAUCUGUAUUUUUACAGAACAUACAUUUUAAUAGGUUACAAUGUUACUGGGAAAGCAGAGACGUACACAGUGACGUAAUGAUGUGGCUCUCUAGCCUGUGGAAAAGCAAACCGGUUCUUAGAAGGUUCGCAAGUUGAACCAUCUGCGAACAGGUACUAGCACCAGAACCAGAACUAGGUUUGCAUUGGUGUUAAGGGGGUACCAGUGAGACUGCCUCUCAGGCUCACAGUGAUGUUACAUCGGAUGCUUCAAUGUGGGACACUGUAAAAAGCGCCACACUAGGACCCUUUCUGCGUCUGAACCAUCUGUACAUAUUGUGUUGAUAGUGACAAAUUCACAUUAAACCAUUUGUAUUAAAAUUGCAUUAAAUGUUUUUUUAUGAAUCAGUUUAUCUAGUUUGAUUUUAAGUGUGUUUCAAACUCCCAAACACUUGCCCUGCUCCAAAUGGGAAUUAUGUCAUCCCCAAUUCAUUUUGUGCAAUUUCUCUUGAAUAAUGUGAGCUGUCUAUAAUGUGAGGGAAAUGUAACGCUUUUCCAUGGUAACUUCACAGCCCUGUGUCUUGUAAAAUGCUUUAUUUUUUGUAAAGGAGAAUCUAUAAAUAAACUGUAUAUCUAUAUAGUGUAAA